AAAUCCUCAAACUGCUUAUAGAUACUUCUUUUUUCACAGAUGUUUGAAAUGGGACAUCAGUAAUUUAGCGCUAGUUUCAAUCUGAGACCUUGGUCAUCUGGAAUUUUCGUACGAUAGCUUAGGAUCGAAAAUUCUGCGAUGGAGCAAACCUGUUAUUAUAAAAUUUUAGGUAUUGAAAAGACUGCUUCAGGUGAUGAGAUAAAGAAGGCGUACCGCCGACUGGCACUUAAGUGGCAUCCAGACAAGAACCCAGACAAAAAGGAAGAAGCAGAAAAAUGCUUUAAACUCAUAAGUGAGGCAUAUGAAGUACUGUCGGAUCCCAAGAAGCGUGACAUAUAUGACAGACGCGGCAGGGGUCCUCAUGCUGGCGAGGCAUUCGUAUUUGAGGAUUCUGAUCCUUUCGCAAUGUUUACGCGGUUCCACUUCCGAGAUCCCAUGGAUAUAUUCAGAGAAGUUUUUGCUGGCUCUGGGCUCGAUUCUUUCUUUGGCCCCAGUAUUCAUGACUUCCAAUACGGUCCUCAGUUGGGUCGAACUCACAGGUCCAACUCUCAUCGCAACGCUGGGCGACAAUCUGGAUCUCCUUAUCAUCAUGCCGGACGUUCUAGUCAAGUGCAGAGCUAUGAUCCCAUGCUCGCAAACCCUUUCAUGGGUGGACUCUUUGACUCUCCGUUUGGUGGGUCACUGUUUAGUCCUUUGAUGGCUUUUACCGAUUCUGGGUUCGGAAAUCCCCAGGGUUCUUCAUCAACCUCCAUCUUCAGUAGCUUUGGUGGGUCUUCAUGUGCGGGUGGUUUCAGGUCAGUUUCAACAUCGUCCAAGUACGUAAAUGGGAAAAUGGUUCGUGUGACAAAAGUGGUGGAGAAUGGUACUGAGACCAUUACGGAAGAAGUAGAUGGUCAAGUAACUAACCGAACUGUCCGUCAAUGUGGAAAUGGAGCCCUGCAAGCAAUGUGAUUUAUCUUCACACGAAAUAUACUUUGUUCGCAUAGUAAAACUACAUUAAUUUUGUAUAAUCAGUUUCACAGUUAUUUGUUGAGGUUGAUAAAGUAAUAUUUAUGUUGUCUAAAUGACUGUCUUAAUGCGUCCAAUUUACUGUUACGUCUAUUGGAUACUUUGUUCUUCAACUGCACUUAAGACAUACCACAUUCGAAUCCUCUUAUAAUACUUAUAUAAAAUAAAUAUAUCCCACUGAUUUUGUUGUUUAUUUUCACUUUUCAUUUCAAGGUAUGAUAUUCGUGUGGAAUCGCUUAGGUGUGUCGUCAAGUCUCGGUUAGCUAAAAUCAUUUGUCGUCGGAGCAUUUCUCAAGUAUAGUGGAACCUUCAAGUUAGUGAUGGAAGUUUCUGGCUCGAAAAAUUAAAUAAACUUAAAUCAGCUGCAGCGACUGACGUGUAUUACAAAUUCGUAGUGAUUUGUGGGCGACAAUGAUAGUGAUUGGUUGUCUGCUUAGUCAAACUUAUAGAUAGUCUGACAGGCAUUAGGUGUCAGCUUUCAAUAGCAUUUUGGAGGUGCAGUCAGCUGUUCAAUUGGAUUGACAUUCGACAUGGUUAUCAAACUAGACAUUCUGGUGUUCAUACGUUUACUAAGUACCACAUAUUUUGGAAUACUGUGAUCAAAGUGAGCUGUUUACAUUUGUACGAUUACAAUUUUUCAUAUGUUGAACAAAACACAAGUGAUAUCAGUAUAAUGCAUGUCUUUUUUUACAAUUCUGUAGAAUAAACUGGCUACAAUUUCACUAGUAUUUUUACGAUAAAAUUUAAACACUAAGUAAAAACUCGGAAGCCAUUUCUUAAAAGAUAAGAAAUCUGACUACCAACUCUAUAAAAGUGCAAAUUCAUUGCAUUAAAAUUUGAACGAUAUGAAAAUAGAUCAAUAUCCU